AUGCAUCUCUCUCCUUCGCAUGACGCUUCUCUCUCCUCUACUCGACAUGAUGUGAUGGUUUUUUUAAUUCGUUUCUUGCAAGAGAUGGCAAUAAAUCUUGAGAAGGAGUUGCAAGGCCAAGAAGAAAUAGAGGUUGGAGUGACCAGAAAAUAUGUAGAUACUUGUCCAGCAAUUUUAAAUCGGAGGGUGGGCGGCAGCUAUGGAGAAAGCAACAGUGUUCUGGUUGUGGCCAAAAGGCCCCUAUGA